AUGCACCACGAGGCAGUUAUAUUGUCCGCGAUUGAUGAUUUGAAUGCCCAAUUGGUUCCUAAUUACACUGUGACCGCUGAGAAAUAUGGAAUCAGUCGUUAUACACUCUCACGGCGCUAUAGAGGUGUUCAAACGUCAAGAAAGGAAGCAACCUCUAUCCACCGCAAAAUCCUCACAGAUUCGCAAGAAAAUCGACUCCUUUUUCAUAUCAAUCGAUUGGCAGAUCGCGGUUUCCCUUGUACGCCCCAAAUCCUUCAUAAUCUUGUUGUUGAGAUAUUAAAAGAACCUAUUGGAGCCAACUGGGUGGCAAGGUUCUGUCAACGCCACAAGGAUGUAAUCAAGUCAGUUUACCUGCGAAAUAUCGACCAAAAACGCAAGAUUGCGGACAAUUCUACAUACUUUAAGCAUUAUUUUGAUCUUCUACAGGAAAAGAUCACUAAAUACAAUAUUGAACCUGGGAAUAUCUACAACUUCGAUGAAAAAGGAUUCCUAUUGGGCUUCAUCCACACCCUCAAGCGUAUUGUAUCAAUUAAUGCGCUCAAAUCCGGCCGUACAAUAGGUGCCAGCCAGGAUGGCAGCCGCGAAUUCAUUACACUACUUGCCUCAAUUUGCGCCGUUGGAACCUCACUCCCACCUGCUCUCAUAUAUCAAGGGGAAUCAAGGGAUAUGCAAGAUACUUGGCUGGAAGAUUUUGAUAGCAAAAAGGAUCAGGUCUACUUUGCUGCUUCAGAGAAUGGAUGGAGCAAUGAUGAAUAUGGGUUAAUGUGGUUAAAGAAGAUCUUUGAACCUCAUACAAAAAAGAAAGCAGGGCGUGGAUACAGGCUUCUUAUAUUAGAUGGCCACUCAUCCCAUGUUAAUAUGGCAUUCAUCAAUUACGCGGCUCAGCAUAAGAUUUUACUUGCUGUCUUUCCUCCCCACUCUACACACCGAUUACAACCGCUAGAUGUUGGGAUAUUUGGACCAUUGAGCAAAUCAUAUUCUAAGCAUUUGAAUGAGCGAAUGAGAACCGGUAUGGGAUUUGUACGCACUACAAAGAGGUCUUUUUGGCAGCUAUUUGAUGCUGCUUGGAAGGAAUCAGUUACAUCCUCAAAUAUUAUAUCCGCGUUCGCUGCGGUUGGCCUACAUCCAUUUGAUCCAGAACAGGUUCUUAAAAAGCUUGCAAUACGCCCUUGCACCCCCCCAGAUGCGCAAUAUCGACCCAGAACCCCUACAUCUAUUAUUGGCAUGCGGAAAUUAGUCAAGCAAGUCAAGCAGCGGCAGCGUCGAAUAUCUAGCGAUCUCAACCAGGUGAUCCGUGCAGGAGAGAAUCUUGCUCUUGAUAAAGAGGUUCUUUUAAUAGAGAACAGGGAGCUACAGCAAGCUCUUAAUCAGGAAAGAAGACGUCGCAAGCGUGGCAGGGCAAUGGGGUUGCUAGAUUCUUCAAAUCCGUCAUUGGCACAGUUCUUUUCACCGGCAAAGGUGCAGAGCAUCCGCGAGCAGAUGACUGCCGCAGAGGCCGCCAAAAAGGAUGAACAGGCUCGUAAGGAGGAUGCCAAGUUGCAACACGCUAUUCUUAAGGAGCAGAAGGAGACAGAUAUCAUGUUACAGCGAAUGGAGCGGGAGGCAGCUCGCCAGGCAGCUAAGGAGCAAAAGGAGAUGGAUAAGGCCGCAAGAGCCGCUCAACGGCAGAUUGACAGGGAGCUUAGGGAUGCAAAGAAGGCCCAAGAGCAAAAGGAAAAGGAAGAACGAGCUGCUGCGCGGCAGCAAUCGCGGUUGGGGGGGGGCCAGGUUCGGGGGUCCAAAAAUCACCUUCCUAAUCGGGAAAUCAGACCCUCGAUUUCGCAAAGAGUGGCUAAAUCGCGUUUUCAGAGCUCUGCCAGGUUGCCCGCGGGUCCGCCGCCGGGGGGUCUGGAUGAUAUUGCAACCCCUACGGAUUUGACCGCUGCCUGCUCAUUGAAUCUGCCUCCACCCAAGAUUUCGCGUUCCGGGCGAGUUAUUAAGCCCAACAAACAUCUUUUGAAUUAG